GGUGUAGUAUUAAUUCGACUGUCGUUCGCUUUACGUCGUCGCGCUUUUCCCGAUCGACUCGCUUUUCCGCGUUGCGUUGACGAUUUUCCGGUUGAGAGAGAUUCAAGCGCGAAUUAGGGGUGUAUUAGCGAGGUUUCAACCCCUGCUAGGUGUUUGUUUGCCAGCAUAAUUGCGAAUAUAAACAAGGUGCAAACAGGCGUCUGAUCGUCUACAAUUCGUUAACAAUUGGUCAACAGCUGCAGUUGGUGAGGGUUGUUUUUUCGGGUUUUUUUGUUGGUGAUUCGGAUCAGUGAAACAUUUGAUUUGGUGGUGAUCAGUGGCCGACUUGGUUCUUUCCAUUUUGACUCCAAUGGAUAUAUGGAUAGGGCUAUGUAGCUUUUAGUCUUCUGGAGUAACUGAAAACUUCUCCCAAAGGGUUCGAAGAUGCCAAGAAGGAAAAUUUUGUGGCCGCCCAUAUUGACUUUCCUGUUUUGCCUCUCUGUUGCCGGUUUUUCAAGUUUUGUCAGCUCAACGGCACAAGUUUCCGUCGCUGGCGUUCCGACAAAGUCCAAACUCACUGAAUCGAAGCCGCAAAAGCCAUAUUUCGAUGACAUCGGAUCGAAAAAUGUAACUGCAGUUGUGGGUCAGUCCGCCCUUUUGAACUGUCGUGUGAAACAUCCAGGCGACCGAACCGUUUCCUGGAUGCGAAAGCGGGACCUUCACAUCCUGACCUCCGGUAUUCACACUUAUACAGGAGAUGGAAGAUUUAGUGUGCGACAUCCAGAACACAGUGACGACUGGGAUUUGAGAAUAGAAUAUGUUCAGAAGCGCGACGCGGGCGUUUAUGAAUGCCAAGUGAACACUGAACCGAAGAUCAGCUUACCCAUCAUGCUCAACGUGGAUGACCCGAAUUUCCUCGCUGAUGCUCAGGCUAGUAUUGUAGGAUCUCCGGAAAUUCACGUGAUGAAGGGAAGCACCAUAGCUAUAACUUGUACAGUGAAUGUUUAUUCAACGCCGCCAUCCUCAGUGCACUGGUAUCACGGAAAAUCGGUGGUUGACUUCGACUCUCCACGAGGUGGAAUUAGUUUAGAAACUGAAAAAACUGAAGCUGGGACGACUAGCAAGCUUCUUAUAACCAAAGCUCUGCUUUCUGACUCUGGAAACUACACUUGCAUGCCGUCCAAUGCCACGCCUGCUUCCGCUGCUGUCCAUGUUCUUAAUGGCGAACAUCCAGCAGCCAUGCAGACUAGCAGUGGCCAACAUUGUAUUCCACUGGUGCCAGUUUGCAUGAUGGUGAUCCUAAUGGUAGUCAGUAGCUGAUUUCCAUAAGCACCAAUCAAAAAUGUACCACUAAAUCAAAGUUACGUGCAAAUGUGAACUCAUCUUAUGUGUGAUCGUAUAAUCGGCUGUUUAGCAAAGAACCGUAAGUUAGUAAACCUGUUGUAAAUAUUCACGAGUGAUAGUUAGUUGGUAAUAAUUUAGAACAGGGUAACAAGGCAAAAAUAGAUCAUGUCAAUCAUUGUCAUUUCUUCGUUAACUUUCCACACGUUUCGAGUCUCCAAAAUUGUUUCGAACUCGUAAUCAAAAUAUACUGGCCUUCAUCGAUGAGCAUGUGAAGUCGAAGCGAACCUAUAAUCAAAGUAUAUAUCUGAAUAAAUUUUAAAAUUAUGUUAUAAAAAUACGCGAGCGACAAUGUUUAAGAGAGAAAAAUAAAUCCAUGUUAUGCCCUUCUCUGAUGUACUUUAAAUAGGUAAAAGAUAAUGCUGAAGAUGAGUGUGCAGUAGAAACACACCAAAAAAAAAAUAUUUAAAACAGUUCGUUGGGGCUCAUUAUUAGCAUUGUCUCAGUGAUAAACAUUAAGGAAAUGAGGUGCUAAAGGAUCACCUGAAAAGAACACUCCAGUGAAUAAACGUUACGUCCAGAAUAUGUAAAUAUGUGUGUGGUUGGAAGCAAUUGUUUGGUUUUGUGCAAACUAUUUUUUUCUAAUGGAUUUUGGCUGGAACCAGCACGAGACAGCCAAAAUUCAUUAAACACUAAUCCCAAAUCACUGACUAGUAAAUACACAGUUAUUUAGGAAAUCUAGACAUCAAGUAAUCAUUGUAAUAACUCCUACACUAAAAAUAAUAACGUUUUUGUCCUGUAUUAAUUGAAUUUGAUCAAAAUUCUGUAGAUAUUCUCAUGUUACUAGAUUUUUACUAUUUGAAAUUGUGUUGACUCUGUAAAUACCCUCUUAAUGUAAAGAUGUUUAUCUAAUUUUAGAACUGCAACUAGAUGUUUCAGGUUUUGGAAAACAGAAACUCUUAUAACUAGAUAAAUAAUAACUUGCCUUUGGUUUGUAUUAUCGAGACGAUCAGUUCAAGCCAAUACAGUUACGUUAUCAUAUAAGAUUAUUUCCCUAUUAAAGUUUCUAGAGAUGUUUAUUCUAAGUGGUUAUCAAUUGAGAGUUUUUUGGUGUUAGUUUCGUAAACUCUGUGAUUUUUACUUGUUUAACUACAUAAGAGUUAAGCGAAUUAGGCGACUGCUAGCAGUGGGUUUUAUGUGAGGAUUCAUUUGAAAUUCUGUGAAUUAACUACCCAGUAUCCAUUCACGUAUGCAUUGAACAUUCAAGCCAGUUUUUUUCUUUUCAAUUGGACAAAUCGCGUUAGAUUCAUCCUGCUCAAAAAUCAUACAAAUACAUGAAAAAAACCCAUGGUUGAAGCUUGACGCGUCCACCAAAAGUAGUCGCAGUGAUCAGUUUUUGUAUGUUUUAUAGCAAACCUAAUUUCGAAGCAUUUCAAAUUAAUAUUUUUAUAUCCGCACAAUUUAAAACCUCUCAUAAUACAUGUGUAUACAUAAUUGUACAUAUUAUAGAAUAAAGUCCUAGAUGAAACUAA